AUGGAGGCUGUCAUAGCGGCGGCGCUCGGUGUGUGCGGGGGCGCUGCCGAGGUCCAGAGUGAGACGGGCCACUUCCACUUCAUCAGAGGCCUUCCUGGAAGCAGCCAGGGAAGCAACUCGGGAAGCAGCCAGGGAAGCAACUCGGGAAGCAACCUGGGAAGCAACUCGGGAAGCUACUCGGAAAGCAGCCAGGGAAACAACACAGGAAGCAACUCGGGAAGCAGGCAGGGAAUCGACUCGGGAAGCAACUCGGAAAGCAGCCAGGGAAACAACUCGGAAAGCAGCCGGGGAAGAAGCAACUCUGAAAGCAGCCAGGGAAGCAACUCGGGAAGCAACUCGGGAUGCAACCCGGUAAGCAACUCGGAAAGCAGCCAGGGAAGCAACUCGGAAAGCAACUCAGGAAGCAACUCGGAAAGCAGCCAGGGAAGCAACUCGGGAAGCAGCCAGAGAAUCAACUCGGGAAGCAACUCGGGAUGCAACCCAGUAAGCAACUCGGGAAGCAACCCGGGAAGCAACUUGGGAAGCAGCCAGGGAAUCAACUCGGGAUGCAACCCGGUAAGCAACUCGGAAAGCAGCCAGGGAAGCAACUCGGAAAGCAGCCAGGGAAGCAACUCGGAAAGCAACUCAGGAAGCAACUCGGAAAGCAGCCAGGGAAGCAACUCGGGAAGCAGCCAGAGAAUCAACUCGGGAAGCAACUCGGGAUGCAACCCAGUAAGCAACUCGGGAAGCAACCCGGGAAGCAACUUGGGAAGCAGCCAGGGAAUCAACUCAGGAAGCCCCAGCCAGCUGCAUCCUCGCUGCAUCUGGGCGAUGGGCUGCGGGAACGGUAAGGUGCUGCCCGAGGCCCCCGAGAGGGGCUACGUCAGUGUGGUGCGAUCGCUCGUGGCCUUUAGCAGAGGUCGCGGUGACGACGAGCCGAAGAAGCGGAGAAGCUUGUGGUUCUCCACCGGCGUUGACCACCUUCAACCGGCAUCCACCGGCCGACAGCAGGUUCUCAGAGAAGGUCCCCAUCGGGACAAAGUUGCAAAGUAUAAAGACAAGUUUGAUGCACGUGUGACGGCGAGGUACGACAUCAGGGCCCUGAUCGGUCGGGGGAGCUUCAGCCGCGUCGUGCGCGCCGAGCACAGGGCGACUCGCCAGCCCUUCGCCAUUAAGAUGAUGGAGGUGGAGGCCCCGGAGGGCCGCGAGGUGUGCGCCGCGGAGCUGGCGGUGCUGCGGCGGGUGAGCCACCCUCACGUCAUUCGGCUGGUCGAGGUGCUCCAGUUCCCGCGGCGCGUCUACGUGGUGCUGGAACUGGCCACGGGCGGCGAGCUGUUGGACCGCGUGGUCAGCAGGGGACACUUCACAGAGAGGGACGCCACCCAGGCCCUGCGGAUGGCGCUGGCCGGGGUGGGACACCUGCACCACCUGGGCAUCACCCACAGAGACCUGAAGCCAGAGAACCUGCUGUACUACCACCCCGGGGCCGACUCCAGGCUGCUCGUCACCGACUUCGGACUGGCCACUUUCGGCGGCGCCGGGUCGGAGGUCGUCGGAGGAGGAGACGGCGGCGGAGCGGACGGGAGUUGGUCCCUCAGAACCACCUGCGGAACGCCCGAGUACAUGGCCCCCGAGAUUCUGCUGAGGACGGCCUAUUCCUGUGCGGUGGACAUGUGGGCGCUGGGCGUGAUCGCCUACGUCGUGCUGAGUGGAUCCAUGCCGUUCGAGGACGACAGUCGCACGCGGCUCUACAGAUCCAUCGUAAGAGGCAAAUACAGCUUCCGUGGAGACCCUUGGCCCUCCGUGUCCCACCUGGCGAGGGACUUUGUCCAGGGCCUGCUGCUGUUGGACCCGGCCGCGCGCCCGACAGCCGAACAAGCCAUCCGUCACCCCUGGGUGGUCACCAUGGCCGCCGGCUCCUCCAUGAGGAACCUCCACCGCUCCAUUUCUCAGAACCUCAGGCAGCGGGCGUCGCGCAGCUCCUCCCGGUGCCCGAGCAGCGCCGCCGGCUCCGGCGGGGGCCACCGGCGGGGGCCCGGGAGGGAUAAAGAACCGGGAGCGGCGGCGAGGCAGAGCAGCCAGAUGCUUCCAGGAGCACCGUCGGCCUCCGACUGAAGCGGCGCCUUCAUGGGGGAGGCUAAUGAGUGGAACCGGAUGAGCCGGAUCAUCGUGGUCCGUGUGCGUGGCUUUCACAGAGCUCAGAAACCGGGAGGCAGGCGACAGGUGUUGGUUCCUCUCUGGGAUUCCGUCGGCUGAUUGGUUCCCCCAAAGGCUGAGGUCCAUCCUCCAUCAGUUUGGUGGUUAGCUUAGAUUAGCUGCACGUUCAGUUUUGAGGUCCAGCCUUGUAUUGAGACGGAGCCAUGCUCCUCCAGACUAACGGAUCCAAGGUCUCAUCUGGAUCCCCACGAGACACUAGAUUGCCUGGUUGGAGGUUCAUACCAAAAACAAGAAAUCGUUGGCGAAAUGGGAUCCUCACACAUUUUAACGCGGAAAGAAGCAACAUCUUUUGUUUUCUCUCCUCCUACAGAGCACCACUCAAAGCUUAACACAGAUAUUCGGCGACAGGCCUCUGUCAUUGGAAAUGAGGCGCUGGGUUUAAGCAGCUCUCCCCUAAACAUUAUGCAAGCUGUCAACAGCGAUCUCAAAAUAACCUUUGGUUUCCUGUGAGAAAUUUUAAAUUGAAAUGGAGUGUUAGUAUGCGACAGGAGUGCACCAAGCCGUGAGUAGGAUGCGAAACAUAAUUACCAACGAGGUUCAGUCAUGUUUAGCAACAUCACACAUCACGUAUUGUGGAGUUGUUCCUGUUUUAUGUUUUAAUCAUUCACGAUUAAUGCUUUCGGUUGCAGAUCCCAGUUGCACACGAGGAUGCACAAUGGAUAAAUGCCGGAGCGAUUGGUACAGAAUGAAAAGCAAGUGAGUGGGGAAAAGAAAUAAACGGGAAAGGAAAAUCAGCACUUUGGGACUAACAUUUAUUCAUUUUUUGCACAAUCAACUUUCUAAUUGGAGUGAUUGUGAGACGUAAAACUCUUUCAUUGCAUUCAUUCAUUCACUAUUCCAAAUGUGUCAGACAAUAUGAAAGAUUUCACUCACGUAGCAUGGCCUUCAUCAGUGAGAGACUUCUAAAUGUUGUUUAAAGACGUAACCUUUAACAGACAGCACAUGUUGUCUAAUUCAAAGGUCCACACCCUUUUUCCCGGAGCUUUCACUCAAAAAAUGAUCUCAAGCUUCAUUGAUUUGCUUUUUUCAUUUUCUGUAACUGUGGAAAACAGCAAAGACCACCAACACCUCUGGGUAAAGUUGUGCUUUCUAUUCUUCGUAAGCAAUUCAACUUGCAAGAUCAUUUUCUCACCUGCUAAUGGACGGUGAUGGACGCUUGAACAACACGCUUGUCUAACCGGAGUCUGACCUCAAAAUCUCGUCUAAUGGUUUUGUUUACAGAGACGCAAACUUUUCUCUUAUUUUCAUUUUGGAACGUCUUGUUUUUCAGGACAAUUACGUUACCAAACCAAAGUUGAUGCACGGCAACAGAAAAUAUCCAGUAACAAGACCUUGUUUUUUGUCGUUUUUUCACCUCACCCUCAUCCUCACGGAUACACCAAGAAUCUAUUUCGCGUAUUAUCGUACGGAUGAUGUCAUUUGGAAGAGUCCCAUGUAUUAUUCCUCCAGCGAGGACCGUUGGAGGGCUGUUAACGCCUUUCAACGGCUGCCCAAACGCAGUGACCUGAGAUCAACGUCCCUCUGGGGAGGAGAUGAGCACGUCAGCAAGCAGAAAGACGGAGGGCACCAAACUGAAGGUUCUUAGCCAGCAGAGAGGAGAUCUCCUUAAAUUGCCCGAGCAAAGGGCGCGGCCUGUUCCUCCUCCGCGGUCUGAUGAGAGCUGCACAUUCUGCUCCAGCAGAGCCACCGUGAGGCGUCGCACGCGGCCUCAUGUGGGAAAAAAAAAUAAUCUCCACCCAA